AUGACCACAUCUCCGUCGUUGCCCGCCGAUGCUCCUGAGACGGUGAAUCCUGUGGCAGCUGUGGUGGAAUGGGCUGGACAGGAUGGUCAGCCGUGUUAUCUCAGCGACUCCAGCUCCAAUCCGAUAAAUCUUACAAUCGACCUCGAUCGCUUUUCCAAGACCGCCCUGCUCAAGCUCCGAAUCCAGCUCGAGCUUCGCAAGCCCUUCUCUGGAAAGACGAGUCUCUGCCUGUGUAUCCCACCGGAGAGAAUCCACUCCGCUGCCCUCGACUCUAGCGAGCUAUCGACCGAGUCUAGACGGUUACAAGGUCACAAGUUGGUCUGCAUACGGCUAGAAUUGGCCAAAGCAGCCGAUCUUGUGGCGCCUGACUGGCCUCUACGUCCAAACAACAAAGUCCACGGUGGCGUGUUGGACUCGACUCAAAUCCUCGCCCAACAGACUUCGCUUAGUCUGCAUGUCCCAGAUACAUUCUUACCUAGAGCCCAAUUAGAGUGGCUCUGUGAGGCUCUAUGCCGCCGUGAUCUGCAUUCAGCCGAUUCUCCUGCGGAUGGUGGUGGUGCCUACGAAGGCCAGAAUGGCAGGAUUAUCGGCCCCGAGCUGUUUGCCCCACGCGAUGGAGUUCCAGCCCAGGGGCCACCGUCAUACGAAGAGCUUGAACCUGCACCGCCACCACCACCAAUAGUGCCUCCCGACCAUGAGUCAGACACUGCCUCGGGUUCCAAGAAAAGGAAACUCAACAAUUCUGCUUCCGAGGGUGUGGAGGUCGGGUUCAUUGAGAGAAUCUGCAACAAAAUCUUCGCCGAGCAAUUAGGACAAAUGGAGAAUCGCAUGAAAGAGUGGGUUGAUCAGCGGUUGACAGAACAGGAAAAGAAGUAUGAGGAUAAGCUAGAUAAGCUCGAGGAACAGAUCCAAGACAUAGAAGGCCAUGUUGAUGAGCGGGUGUGGCUGGAGGUGGAUGACCUCCGGACCGGGAUACAGGACGACUUUGACCAGCUGCGGAAUGAGACGGAGGAUUUCAUUCGAGAGGAGAACAGGAAUGCUGUAGAUGUGAUCAGGAAGCAGCUGUCCGAAAGCGAUAGCUCUGCCAGAAAAGCCACAUCUCCAGGCACUUUUGACGAAGACUUCCAAACACAAUUGCCAGCCACGGCCUCGACGGACGACCAGGGAGUCAGCAAGGCCGGCCGGCUGGCCGAAGGAGCCUUUCCUGUUCCUGUUGCCAGCAAAGCCCUGCAGGUGCUCAUACUCUGA